AUGGAUCAUUCCUACCCUUCUCUUUCUUCUCAUCACAAUUCCUAUGAUAUGAACGUGGACACAAACAUGGAGUUGGGCACUCACAACCCAUAUCAGCGUUUCCUGUCUCCCUCGCCCACCCGCUACUCGCUUGGGCACCAGCGUGCUACUUCCGUUCCGUCUGUCUACUACUCAGGCUUUCUUGAUGAUUCUCCUAUCGAAUCGCCCCGACGACCUAGAGAAAUUUCUCCUAGCUACAGUAGCACUUCUUCCCCCCGACAUUACCGCGGCCGACGUCACCCCGGAAGACACACGCGAGAUUCGCAACUUGUUAAUCCUGACAUCAUCGACCGUCUUGAUACCGCCACUGGGUAUCAGUACCACCACGAAGGUCCUUACGAUGCUGUCUAUCCAGAAAGAAACCACGACAGUCGUCAAAGCCCUCUCGAGGCCCUGAGAGAGUCAAAUGCAGAGGCCCUCAAGGCGACUCCUUAUCACAAAAUCGUCGAUUCUAUCAGCCGCCAUCGUCCUCUUGAUGGAGUGGCCUACUAUCCCCCCGGACACACGGACCGCGAGGGCCAGACCUACGAGUACGAAGAAGGUUACAACAUGAUGAGCGAUUACGGAAAUUUCAUGCGCAUCCCCGGUUUGCGCUUCACAGACGAAGAUUUUAAGAACGACCCAUUUUACAACUCUCCACACCCAAAGCCAUUUGCUUCUAUCCGCCGGGCUUUCCGCCGAAGCCGCGGAGAUUCCGCCUAA